AAGUUAGCUGCUUACCUUGUCGGCCUCUAUUAUGUCACCGCAGCGUUAAAAAUAGGUCCAAAAUGUCCUCACGUCUCACAUGUCACCGCAUAAAUCCAAUAUAGUUGACUUUCUACUGUUUAUAUACUGGCCACCUUCUGCUGCGUGUACGAGAACAAACUCGCCAGGGAAGGAUUAGCGCGUGUUAGCUGGUUUGGCUCGUUUUUGGCAAAUGUUGGAUUACAGUUCAAUCCUUUACGUGACAGAGCACUCAGUAUGUACGAUGCAGCACUUACGCACACGGUAAGCAGAAUAUAGAAAUGGCUUAAAGUGUCCUUAUGGACGAAAAUGAUCUAUCUGUUCAGCUGUAAACUUGUGUUCGCUAAUGGCUGCUUGUGUUUGUUAUUGCUUGCUGGGCUCCCCUAACUCGUGUGUGUUGAGAGAGACUACAUGGCGACUCAGCAGCACGCUGCACCACAGCGCUACUAGCGGCUGGAUGUACACACAGCAGGCGUCCAAACAGCAAACGAAGCCCACCUUGAGCAAGCAUAAAAGACACCCACACGUUGGAGGCACACUCAGCUGCAUGGAGAGAUUGUGGACACCACUACAGAAUUCUCCGGAAGCAUGGACAACACCACAGCACUCACGUUCACCAUGACAGUGUACGCCAUCAUGGAGAACCACAGAAACGGCUUCUUUUUCCUUUUCCUCCUGUUGUACGUCGUCAUUGUGUUCCUAAACGGGCUGCUGAUUAGCCUCAUCCUGCAAAACAAACCGCUGCAGCAGCCCAUGAACGUGUUUGUGACCAUGUUAUGUUUCAACGAGAUCUACGGCAGCAGCUCCUUGCUGCCGUCAGUCAUGAGCAUGCUGCUGACCCACAGACAUGAGAUCAGUGUCAAGUGGUGCACGGCUCAGGUGUUCUUGCUGCACACCUACGCCUCGGCGGAGUUUUGCAUAUUGGCUCUCAUGGGCUAUGACCGCUUUGCCGCCAUCUGUUACCCGCUCCAUUAUAAUACCAUCAUGUCCCAUCCCAAGAUGAUGAAGCUGGUGGUGUGCGGGGCUCUUUAUCCGUUCAUUGUAUUUGGCUCUUUAUUCUCUCUGACCAUAAAGCUGCGCUUCUGUGGGAAAACCAUGCCAAAGUUGUACUGCGUCAACAUGGAACUGGUGAAAAACGCCUGUUCAAACACGUCACACAUAAGUAUUGUGGGACUUGUGUUCAUUUUGUUUCUUCUUGUCCCUCAGAUUUCCAUGAUCGCUUUCUCUUACGGUCACAUAGCGAGAGUGUGUAAGAAACUAUCGAAACAAUCUCAAAGCAACGCUCUAAAAACAUGCAUACCACAUUUAUUAUCUUUGCUCAAUUACACCAUCGGGUCCUUGUUUGAAAUUAUCCAGGCCAGGUUCAAUAUGAGUCGCGUUUCCGUGCAAGUACGCAUCUUUUUGUCGUUAUAUUUUGUCAUCAUCCCCUCGGUUGCUAACCCGGUGCUGUAUGGAAUGGGAUCUCAUAUUAUUCGAGUCCACAUCAUGAAGCUGUUGAUUAAACACAGGAUGUUGCCGUCAAAGGUGGUGAAGAAGGUGAUAACAGCUUAGCCCUUUUCAGUCGCAUACUAAAAAAGGAAAGUAUUCGGGGGCAGUUUUAAUAUUUUUUUAAAUUUUGUUUUAAAGCGUGUGAAGGGCCGUGCCCCUCCUCGCUACUGUGCAUGCUUAUGUUUUUUCCCUCAAGCCAUAACCACGGUGAACUCUCAUAGGCACUGAUUUUAUAGUUUAGCAGCUCUCUGUGUGCAAUUUUUACUUUCCACCCACAGUCUGAAUGCUUCUGUAUAUAUGUAUGUAGUAUAAUAUUUAAACAACACAUUCAGAACAUUCGUUCUCAGGACUGGACUGUGCACCUUACCUCCUUUUGCAAAAUUUAUUUUUCUUUCCUUCCUAUGUUUUGCAUAUUUGUAGACUGUCGCACUGAUUCUGGAGUUGCUUUUAAUCUCAUUGUACCUGUGUAUAGUGACAAUAAA